AUGUUCCUCCAGGCCAACCGAUGCGGCGGCUGCCUGAUUAACCCGUCUGCGGCCGCCUCGAGCGCGGCGCAUAGCUCGGGGCUUAUCUCGACGGCGGCAGGCACAUCGAUGGGCCGGAGCGCGGCCUGGUGCGGUGCCGCGGGGCGAUACCCGCCGCGGGUCUCGAGGUGGGCGCGCUCGGCCUCGGCCAGCAGCACAAGGUACUGGCGGACCUCGAUGGAAGACUUAUUGGAGUCGACGUUGCCUGCGACGAUGCGCGCCGCGAUUCCCGGCGUGUCGUCGCGACCCAGCCGGGCUAGCGCGGUGAAGAAGAACCUCUUCUCGGCCACAGACCAGGUCACGGCGCCAAUCUGCGUGUCCUUAAGUACGCCUCUUGCGCCGGGACAGAUCCGCCUCCGUGACUACCAGGAAGAGUGCAUACAGUCCGUCCUAAAUUCCCUCCAGGGCGGCCAUAAGCGCUUGGGCAUAUCGCUCGCCACCGGUUCCGGCAAGACCGUCAUCUUCACUCAGCUGAUCGAGCGCAUCCAACCCGGUCCCGAGGGAGCCAGGCAGACGUUGAUCCUGGCCCACAGGCGAGAGCUCGUCGAGCAAGCCGCGCGCCACUGCACCUUGGCUUACCCAGGCAAGUCCGUCGAGAUCGAGAUGGGCAACAUGCACGCGUCGGGAUUCGCCGACAUCACCAUCGCUAGCGUACAGAGCAUCACCUCCGGGGACCGCAUCGGCAAAUUCGACUAUAGACGGUUUAAGCUGGUCCUUGUCGACGAGGCGCACCAUAUCGUCGCGCCAGGGUACCUAAGGACCCUUGAGCACUUUAAGCUGCACCAGAAGACCGAGGAAUCGCCGAUACUUGUCGGCGUGUCCGCGACGUUCUCCCGCUUUGACGGGCUUCAGCUAGGCGCUGCCAUCGAUGAGAUAGUGUACCAUAAGGACUAUGUCGACAUGAUUGGUGAGAAGUGGUUGUCGGAUGUCAUAUUCACAACCGUUGACUCCACCGCAAACAUGAUGAACGUCAGAAAAAACGCACACGGAGACUUCCACGUUUCCGAUUUGUCUAACGUGGUGAAUACCGAGGAGGUGAACGAGAUCACCGUACGUAGUUGGUUAGCCAGGGCCGCUGCGAGAAAAUCUACCUUGGUCUUCUGCGUGGACCUUAAUCAUGUCGUCGGGUUGACUCAGACGUUCCGCCGACACGGCGUCGAUGCCAGAUUCAUCACGGGAGAAACGCCUAAGCUCGAGAGGAGCGAGCGUCUCGACGCUUUCAAGCGUUACGAAUUCCCGGUGCUGGUCAACUGUAGCGUCUUCACCGAAGGAACCGACAUUCCUAACAUUGAUUGCGUCGUUCUAGGACGCCCGACUCGCUCCCGCAAUCUACUGGUGCAGAUGAUAGGGAGAGGGAUGAGGCUUCAUCCCAACAAGACCAACUGCCACGUCAUCGACAUGGUGUCGAGCCUAGCUACGGGCAUAGUCACCACCCCCACGUUAUUCGGCCUCAAUCCGUCUGAAGUGGUCCAGGAAGCAACCAUCACCGAUAUGCAGGAAAUCAAAGAAAGACAGGAGGCGGAGGUGGAGCGGCAGGCGCUGGUUGCCGCGCCCUCCCCUGAUCCGGAAGGCCAGUCAAAAUCCCACAGGGUCACAUUUAUCGAGUAUGAUUCGGUCUUCGACUUGAUCGCGGAUACAUCUGGCGAAAUGCAUAUUCGAAAAAUUAGCCAGUACGCCUGGGUACAGGUUGGGGAAGAGAGGUAUAUAUUGUCGGGUCCAAGGGGGUCCUAUGUGAGGUUGGAAAAAGCCGAGAACGGGUCCAAUUUUGAGGCCUUCGAGAUCCGGGCCCUCCCCGGCCGGGGAAAAGGGUCUCAAUACGCCAGGCCUCGCAAGAUACUGGAAGCACCCAACCUUACCAGCGCUAUACACGGUAGUGAUAGUUUUGUGUCUGGGAGAUAUCCAUAUUACUUUAUUGCAUGGAAGCAGAAGUGGCGGGGCGGGGAGCCGACUGAAGGCCAGCUCGAGAUGCUGAACAAAUACCGAGAUGACGAUAAACAGCUGACAAAGGACGAUGUCACGAAAGGAAAAGCUAUGGAUAUGAUCACGAAAAUAAAACAUGGUGCCCGAGGUCGAUUUGCUACCCUUGGGAUCGAACGUCGGAAACAAGAAAAGCUGCUUGCAGCGCAAGAGCAGGAAAAGUCGCUACAUCUUCGAGAAAAGGUCACUGUUGGGCCUCUGGCUGCCUGA